UUUUAUUCUGUAAAUAUUCAAUAAAGAUUAUUUUAAAAAAAUAAUGGGGAGAUUAUAAAAUAAAGUAAUUCAGAUUGAUUCUGUGCUUGGCUCCUAAUUAGCUCUCCUUUUUCCUGAAGCAGGUAAUGAGCAUCAGAGAGAGAACUAUGAGGAACCACCUGCGACAUCAAUGGAAAUUAUGGAGCCUUUCAUGGAAAAAGAGGAGUUUGGAAAUGAAAAGGACCUGAAAAGAAAAAGGGGGAAACAAAGGCAAAACAAGAAGAACAACUCAUCUACCUCUCAGGGUGCCGAAUUUCCUGAACAACUGACUUUAUACUCAGACCAAGAUGAAUGUCUUGCCUGUGGGAGCAUGUGCAAAUGCAAAUCACAAUUAAACACACACUUCAGUGUUCCCAUGGGAGAGAGACCAUACAAAUGCAUGGAAUGUGGACAGAGCUUCAGUCGGAGUGAUAGUCUACGUUCACAUCAAAGGACCCACACAGGGGAGAAACCAUAUAAAUGCAUGGAAUGUGGGAAGAGCUUCAGUGACAGUGGGAAUCUACAUUCACAUCAAAGAUCCCACACAGGGGAGAAACCAUAUAAAUGUAUGGAAUGUGGGAAGAGCUUCAGUCAGAGUGGAACUCUACGUUCCCAUCAGAGGACCCACACAGGAGAGAAACCAUAUAGAUGCAUGGAAUGUGGGAAGAGCUUCAGUCAGAGUGGAACUCUACGUUCCCACCAGAGGACCCACACAGGAGAGAAACCAUAUAGAUGCAUGGAAU